AUGGAAAAGUGGCGGCGCCCCCCAGCGCGGCAAGCAGGCGACUGGCGACACGCAAUGGCGAGUCGUCCUUUCGACUUCUUCACAAUUUUCUCCCGCGCUGCUACGACCUCUUUUUUUUCCCCGCGCCCGGCGGCGUGUGACUUUUUUGGCAGUGCCGCCGUGACGGGGUGGAGGCGUGGUGACGUCUCUCACCUCACCGACGCGGUGCCUGACGAUGUACGCCCUCGAGUAGUUCAUUCAGCCCGCGCACGUGUCAGUGGUGCCGUUGCUGCGGAUUGGCGGGAGGGGCGCAAGUGGUGCGGCGAAAGACGCGGAGUCAGAGGCAAAGGUGGUGUGCUGCGGUUCACAGCUCCUUUUCGGAUGAAACCAUCACAGUGGAGUUUCCCGCAUUGUCUCUUCAAUGCCGUGGGCGAUACGUUUGUCGUGGGGUUUGUGCAUUUUACAGUCAUUAUCCAUGACUUUGUCGCCUCCUGCGCCGCGGCUGUAUCUCAUUUGCAGCGCAGGAGCAAGCCGUGA